AUGGCCACGAAGCCGGAGCCUAUGCUAUAUGAUCAGACUAAUAUCCUGCCCACCGGCCGGUUGAUUGUUGUCUUCAGCGCGCUGGCGUCAGCGCUCCUCAUUACUUUCAUUGACCAGCAAUCCAUCGGCGUUGUCCUUCCUACCAUCGGCCGCGACUUAAAUAGCUCGUCCACGAUAACCUGGGCUGGCACGUCAUCACUUAUUGCUAAUACAGCAUUUCAGGUGCUCUAUGGCAGAUUAUCGGAUAUAUUCGGCCGAAAGGUGAUGCUUGUUACGUGUCUCGGGCUGCUUGCACUUGGAGAUCUUCUUUGCUCGUUCGCCAAAACAGGGCCGCAAUUCUUCGCCUUCAGGGGCAUCAGCGGUGUUGCUUCUGGCGGGAUCAUGGCAUUGGCAAUGAUGGUUGUUAUCGGGCCAUUCAUAUCCUCGGCUUUCACUGAGAGGGCUACUUGGAGGGCGUUAUUCUGGCUCCUGUGCCCCCUGGCCGUCGGCUCGGGACUCAUACUCUAUUUCCUGCUCCCACCACAGAGCAUUCCCCCAGAGCCUCUGAGGGCAAAGUUGGCCAAGAUUGAUUAUCUUGGAAUCCUAUUCAGCUCGGCCGGGACGAUCUUACUAUUAAUCCCUGUAUCAGGCAUCGGUACCCAGUUUUCUCCCACGAGCCCAGUAACAAUCGCCUUGUUGUCGCUUGGCUCCACCCUGCUCUUCCUUUUCGUUCUGAACGAAUGGAAGUUAGCUAAGCUUCCAAUGGUUCCAUCCCUCGUCGCUGCGCAGGCGCACUCCGCUAAGCAGGAUCGAGCUGUUGUGAUCAGUUCGCGUAAUUUUUUGCGCGCUCUAGGGGGUGCUACUGGUCUCGCUAUUGCAUCUGCCCUCUUUUCCAAUACACUGGUCGGUCACUUGGAUUCCACGUCGGCUAUCCCUAGCGACAUCGCGGAUGAGAUUAAGUCGUCUAUAUUCUCAACACCAAAUAUGUCUGGCUUAAUGGAGGAGCAAAGGGUCAUUAUACUCGAUUUGUACUCCCGAGCAGCUCGCUCUGUCUUCUAUUUUUGGGUAGGAUGCAUUGGCCUCUGUUGGGUGUUGAUGUUCUUCAUUAAGGACAAGGGCCUCCAAAGGAAAGAGGAGAAGCAGGAAAUCACAGCAGCUACAGAUCAGGUGCUGGAUGAAGAAUCCGGCUCGUCCACGGCCUCGGGGGAUGAAAGGGUUUCAGCACAAGGAGGCAAGAAGUCAAAUGAUCUGGUUACUGCCAUAAGGAGCGACUGA